UUUCGUACUUUCUUUUUCUAAAAAAGGAAGUAAUGGCUUGAUAGCGUCGUCAUUAGUGAGGGCUGUAAACGAGGAAAAUGUCCUUCAAUCCAUUUGUUUUGCCUAGUGGGACAGCCCCCCAAGCAAACUUUAUGAGACAGAUGGUCCCUGGAAUGCCGAUGCAGGUUGCACAGUUUCCUCAACAGGUGCGACCGAUUGGAGAUUUUAACCAAGUACCCCAGUACCAAAUACAACCCCAAACACAGAUUCCACCCCAUCUUCAGUACCAACACCAAAUGCAGCCACAAUUUAUGCAGUACCAGCAACCAAUACAGCAGAUUCAACCACCUGUUGCUGAAGUCUACGAACCACCACAACCUGUGCCAAAUGUACAACAGCAGCCGUUGGUGCAACCCCAGCCCCAGCAAUCCUCGUCCUCGGGUCAAGAUUUUAACCAAUCCAUUGUUAGGAAAUCCAUUGAAAUUCUCUGUCAACACAAGAAACCCAUGUCUGCUGCUGAACUUUCCCAACAGUUAGCUUCACAUAUCGUUCGAUUAAGUGAAAAACAGCUCAUUGAGGUUUUGAGUAAUUACCCAAACAAUUUUACAAUUUAUACAAAGGAAGGGACAGAAGAUCAUAUUCUGUCAGUCUGCACUAAACUAGGCCUAUGUAAGGAGCACUGCUCUAAACAAGGACAGUGUCCUGGGAUACCGGUGUGUGAUGGACUCCACAUUUGCAAGUUUUACCUGCUGUCCAACAGCUGCAGAGUUGAAAAACAGGGCAAAAAUUGUCUAUUUGGCCAUGAUCUGACAUCUCCACAUAAUAUGUCAUUGUUGAGACAAAAUAUGUUAGAGCAUUUAAGUGUACAUAGUAUUAAGAAUCUAUUUCGUACCACUGAAAGCCGAGGAAGAACCACCAUGCCAAGUAUAUGCAAGUUCUAUAAUAUAAAUGUAGGAUGUCGGGCUGAGGAAGAAGGAAAGGCUUGUCCUUACUUACAUAUCUGCAAGUUCUAUGUAAUAGGGCAGUGUAGGUUUGGGAAGAGAUGCAAGAGAAGUCAUAAUGUUUUUGAUCAGCAAAUUACAGAUAUCUUGACAAAGUAUGGGAUCAACACAAACAGAACUCCCAAAGAAAUUUUACAAGAGAUCCGCAACGUUGAAUUUGAUGUUGGUGAUGAUGCCAGUAGCCAAGCAUCUGCCCAUAGUAAAGAUCCAUACAGAACAGGGGUAGAUUCCGAUAAUGAGGACCCUGCAGAGAGUGAUGAUGUAUCUGCCAGUUCCUCCGAUGACCCACCAGCUGAUAUCUGUAUAUUUCACCUGAGAGGACGCUGUGCCUUUGGUAAAAGUUGUCGUAAAUCUCACAAGAACAUGACGUACCAGUGGCAGUAUCGUAAAAAGAACCUGAAUCAGUGGGAAGAUUUCCAACACCAUCACAAUGUGGAGGUGGAGUACAACUUUGGUGAAGUUGCAAGGACCGAGUGUUUUGUUAAAACUGAGUCUGGAGUGUUGAAGUUAAACUUUGACACAAUGGAAGCGGUUCUACAAGAAAAUAACCAGGUUGUAGUUCAGAUGAUCCUGCGUCGACUUUCUACACCUUCCUCUGAGGUGGAAAAGUUUCAGCCACUGGCCACAGUGUGGAAAUGGUUCUGGCAGAGUGAAGAUGGAAACUGGCAAGAGUAUGGACAAGCAGGUUACGGGCCCAGUAGAUAUCAGACCACAGUGGACAGCUCCAGUAUGGAACAGAACUUCCUGAAAAACCCCACCGGUCAGCUUCAGUUUAAUACCCUGGGCUAUGAGUAUUUGAUGGAUUUUGAGCAGAUGAUCCAGCAGAACCUUCAGUACGGAACACAGAGAAAAGUCCGUAGACGACCAGUGUAUGUUGACGAGAAACAAAUGGAGAAAAACAAGAAAAAAGCACCUGAGCCAGGUUCACAGACAGGAAAAGAGGUAUCCAUGGUAACAGGUCCAGCACUGACACGCCCAAUGCAGAACUACAUACCAGCAGAGUGGGAGAUUCACUUAAAAAUGAUGGGAGGCCAACAACAUGUCAUAGAGCACUUCCAUAGGACAGUUAUAACGGGAGACAACUCUCCCAAAAUAGCAGAGGAAGUGAAGAGAAUCAAGGAACUGUUCUACCAGACCAUGUCCCCUAACCAGUAUAUCACCUGUAUAGAGAGAGUAGAGAAUGGAGAGCUCUGGAUGAACUAUGUCAGCAAACGUGAAAAAAUGAGCAUGAAGAGGCGCACAAUAGGAGAUGUGAAUGAGAAAAGGCUAUUUCACGGCACAUCAAACAAGUUCAUUGAUGCCAUUUGCAGACAGGGAUUUGAUUUCCGCUUCAGUGGUCAGUCAACUGGGUCAAAGUAUGGAAAAGGAAGUUACUUCACCAAGAGUGCCAAGUUUGCCGACAGCUAUACAGACCGCAGUCGAGACAAGGAGAUGUUCCUGGUACGAGUCUUGACAGGUGACUACACCCUGGGCCACAGCAGUAUGGUACGACCCCCACACAAGAACCCUAAAAAUCCUUUUGACUUGUAUGAUUCUUGUGUGGAUGAUAUAACAAAUCCUAAUAUCUUUGUCAUUUUCACAUUUGAUCAAGUUUAUCCAGAAUAUGUCAUUAAAUAUCGAUCAUAGAUUGUUUUGCAAGGAAGGAACAAGUACAGCUGAAC